UCGGGAUAAGCACCUGUCAAAAUAAUUGCUGCUUUGUGUGUUUCCCAGUGCUCCUUUUAUUAACCCCGUCAUUUCUCCCUUCCUUAGCCCUGUAAACUUGCUGUUCUCCUCCUCUCUCCUUCCCUCUCUCUCUGCUUUGCCUCCCUGCUGCAAAUGUCUCAAGUCUCCAUAAAAUCUCCAAAACACUGUGCUAAGCAAGGACUUAACUUCGACAAGCUCUACAAAAAGCUUUUCUUUGCCUUCUCAGGAAUCUUUACCACUCUUCUCUUACUAAUACUGAUGAUCUGGCUUAUCCUGCGACCUGCCAAGCCUGAGUUCACUCUCAAAGAGGCUGAUAUCUACCAACUCAGCCUCUCUGGUCCUAACCUUCUCAACUCCUCUAUCCAACUCACCCUACUUUCUAAGAACCCAAAUCAAAAGGUCAGCAUUUACUACGACGAGUUACAAGUUUAUGCUGCCUACAAGGGUCAACAGAUAACUGUUGACACCUUCGUUCCCCCAUUCUACCAAGGACAUCAGGAUAGCAAUCUAUUAACAGCAUCUUUGGUUGGAACUGGAUUACCUGUGGCUCCAUCCUUCAAUUACGAAGUGGGGCGUGAUCGAACUGCUGGAAAACUAGUUCUAAAUCUAAAGGUGAAUGGAAGAAUCAGGUGGAAGGUCGGAACAUGGGUUUCAGGGCCAUACAGAAUUAAUGUUAAUUGCCUUGCUGUUAUGGCUCUUGGACCUACUCUCCCAACAGGACCUUUGAGUUCAAGGCAAGGGACUAUAUGUUCCACCACUGUCUGAAUAAGAUCCGCCAGGCAACAAACUAAGCUGCUUGUGAGUUACCUCGCACUACCUGCUAAGUAAUUAAGUUCGAGUUCUAAAUGUUUUUGCUUCUCCUAAGUGUUGUAAAUUAAUUAUAGUACCUGAUAAGACUAAAGUUAAGAUGAUAGUGUCACUGAAAGUUCGUGGAUUAUGCACUUUAUCUUUCAUCAUUGCAACUUUGAUGUCGCUUAGCAUGUGAUGGUUGAGAGUGAAAAAGCAGGAUUCCAGAGAUUCUUUUAAGAUGGGUUUUUAUGGAUUGAAGAGAGUUUUGAGGGGUUCUUGUUUCAA